AUGCGACCGGCUCUUCUUCGACUCCUGAAGAGGCCGUCCGCCGUCUCGGUCCUCGAUACUCUUGCAGCAACGCCAACUGGAAUUGAGCAAUUGCGGUCAACAUACACGCAGCUGCGUCAUCAGUCGCGAUGCGCCCAACAGAAUGAACUGGAGGACCACGGAGACACUCUAUGCCCUGUGCAGGAAGCACGUUCGUUACAGCAGACUGGUGACGGCCAAAAAUUCAAUUUCAAUGUUUACGAGAUCGAGACUGUCGAGUCCGAACCAGUGAGAGACGUCGUGACAGGAAAACGCGCCGACUCAGCAUCAAAAUCGCCCGUUGACUUUUUACGGAUGCAGUCGGACUUUUUGGAAUUUGAGUCCGACAUCGGUCACUGCAACGAUAUAGGAUCGCGCUUGGUGGAUCAGGAUGAACACAAGAACAAUUUUGAGCUCUGGGAGGAGCUUCUUAAAUUCAGGCAGCGACACUACGGCGACAGGGGUACUCAAGAUAUCUGGGAAGGACUGAGGGCACGCGUUACGGGUGUGCAACUACCAGUCUCAGGCGUACGGGCCGACCUCUUUUGGCUGACAUUUACUCGUCUGGGCGUACGACGCGACCUGUUUCUUCAAGACGUGAUGGAUUACGCGAUCGAAAUUUACAAGAAGGAUGGCUCUUCCUGGCCUCAUCUCUAUCACAACGUUGUGGGUGGUCUCCUUCAUAGAGGGCUUACGAAGCGGGCCUUGCGAUGGAACAAGAUCUUUCAAACCUCCGGUCUGGCCCGCCCGGAUGAUGUGCUACAACUACUUCUGCCAGUCAUUCAGCCUCACUCGCUGGUGGAAAAUGCUCAAAGUUGGUACCGGGUCAAAGUUGACAGACCAUCCUUACUGCUCCGCACUUUUCGACUGCUGUGCCGAGCAGCUGUCGGACACAAAAUCUACGGGCGAGUUAUCGCAACGUUGAUCCAGCACGGCUAUGGCGAGGGGGCUAUAUCUAUUCAUCCAUUCUUGAUUGCGCGAGGAGAUGAACCCAAGACACGCAGCGAGAUUCAGCCUCUGUUAGAUUAUGCUCGAAUGUACGGGUUCUGGGACGAAAACAAGAAACUUCAGUCUUAUGCGCAGAACCGCUUCGAUAUUACGUCUACAGCUCCGUCAGAAUCCUCGGCCGGGGAGACCAGUGCUAGUGCUUCAGAAAGCAAGCCGUUCAAAGAUGACAUAGGCGCCAGGUUGCUUGCUACUCGGGCGCUGAAUUUUGACGUCGUCCUGGGCGGUAUGAAGAUGCUCGGUGUGUCUGCCAUUGGUUCAAGAAGCUUGCGCGAGUUGGCAUUAAGAGCCCAUGGAAGUCAAGAUGUCUUGGACAAGAUCAAGGCCCUUCGGCAGGCAGGGAUAUCUCUUCGGGACUCUGUGUUCGCUCGCUUGGUGCAAAAGCUUGCAUCGCAAAGCCGUGACAUCCUCCUCUCCGACUUGCUUCACAGUGACCAACAUCCGGAUGCGCUGGAGGACAAGGCAGUCCAGGAGUCGCUGCUUGUCUCCUACUACAUGGCUCGUGAUAUGCACCAGUACAACUUGGCGCUAGCCGUUCUCGCGGAGCUGUAUCCCCAUGAUCCUGACUUGUUGGACAUCCACUUUCGAAAACACAUUGCAGCAGGGGACUGGGGAGCUGCGUCCAAGAUCGUUGAUGAUUUGACAUUGCGGAAAAGGUCUUUGAGUGCGGACAGCCUGGACUUCAUGGCUGAAAAAGUAUUGACACCCCGACGACCCAACCACCGGCCGCACGCCCCGUCUGGGCAACCGCUUGAUACGAAGCGUGAGGUCAUGUUCGUUUUCCACGUACUGCAGCGCUCGGUACAGCUUUGUGGGUAUGUCAACCCGUCUUUCUGGAAAGAAUUACUCAAACGGCUCGGCAUGGAGAACCAUUGGGAUGAGCUCCGAGAAUGCACGCUGUGGCUCGUCCGUCAAUAUGGAACCGAGAAUAGGAAGCUCGUGACUGCAACGGCAGCGGCCCAUUCCAUGUCACACGACCAUCGCAUGCUCAAGCUCAUCUUUACUCCUCCCAUGCAAGCUGCUCUUGUGGCAUGGGGUUUUUUAGUCCCUGUGUCCACCGCGAACGUGUACAAUGCGAUCUGUUUCCACCCCAAGAGCCAGGAGCCUCUGAUUCAAUGGGUUCGAGGGAUUCUACUGUUACGGGAAUUGGAGGAGAUCGGUCUGACUCUUCACAAGCGGGUCAUUGUCGGUGCCACUCGUCACCGGCUAGCCACCCUCUACGGAAAAUUCCAGCUCUCUCACUCUCGAACAAAUCGAGUGCUACGGAAGCAGAACCCCUAUCGAUGGCAGCGCGUAGCGGAAGAAUGCCUCCGUGCCUGGGGAGAUCCUUCUUUCUUUGGCGGCUUAGAGCGAAUUGACCCUGUCAAGCUGAUGAAUCCUGGACGAACCCCGUCGUCGUUGAAACGUUCCGCUCAGAUCAUUUGGCCGAGAAAGCGAGCAAGACGACCUGUCGAGUGA